GCCUGGCUGCGCCGUCAUCCCGGCUAUAAGCGCGCAACCUCGGUGCUCAGCUCCCACCGCGCUGCCGUCGCCGCCACCGCCGCUAUGCAGCCCCCCAGCCUCCUCUUGCUGGUCCUUGGCCUGCUGGCCGCGCCCGCCGACGCGCUUAUCAGAAUUCCUCUGUAUAAGUUCAAGUCCAUCCGCCGGACCAUGUCAGAGGCGGCAGGCCCCGUGGAAGAACUGAUCGCCAAGGGCCCUCCCUCCAAGUACUUGAUGCCUACUGAGACCAAGGGACCAGUCCCUGAGAUGCUCAGGAACUACAUGGAUGCCCAGUAUUAUGGGGAGAUUGGCAUUGGAACCCCGCCUCAGUGCUUCACGGUCGUCUUUGACACUGGCUCCGCCAACCUGUGGGUCCCUUCGUCUAAGUGCAAAAUGCUGGACAUCGCCUGCUGGCUCCACAACAGGUACCACAGCGACAGGUCUACCACCUAUGUGAAGAAUGGCACUGCCUUCGACAUCCACUAUGGCUCAGGCAGCCUGUCCGGGUACCUGAGCCAGGAUACUGUGUUGAUGCCCUGCAAAUCAGUUUCAGUCAAUGUCAAAGUGGAAAAACAGGUCUUUGGGGAGGCCACCAAGCAGCCAGGGAUCACCUUCAUCGCCGCCAAGUUUGACGGCAUCCUGGGCAUGGCCUACCCCCGCAUCUCUGUUGAUAAUGUGCUGCCCUUUUUUGACAACCUGAUGGAGCAGAAGCUAGUGGAAAAGAACAUCUUCUCUUUCUACCUGAAUAGAGACCCAAAUGCACAGCCCGGGGGUGAGCUGAUGCUGGGGGGCGUGGACUCCAAGUACUACACGGGCUCCCUGUCCUACCUGAACGUCACCCGCAAGGCUUACUGGGAGGUCCAUAUGGAGCAGGUGGAGGUGGCCAGCGGACUGACUCUAUGCAAGGGGGGCUGUGAGGCCAUCGUGGACACUGGCACCUCUCUCAUGGUGGGACCCGUGGAUGAGGUGCGUGAGCUGCAGAAAGCCAUUGGGGCCAUACCGCUGAUCCAGGGUGAGUACAUGAUUCCCUGUGAGAAGGUGUCCAGCCUGCCCUCGGUCACCCUGAAGCUAGCAGGCAAAGACUACACGCUGUCCGGGGAGGACUACACACUCAAGGUGUCCCAAGGUGGGAAGACCAUAUGCCUGAGUGGCUUCAUGGGCAUGGACAUCCCCAAGCCCGUUGGGCCACUCUGGAUCAUUGGUGACGUCUUCAUUGGCUGCUUCUACACCGUGUUCGACCGAGAGAAGGAUAGAGUGGGCUUUGCUAAGGCCGCCAGGCUCUAGCUCCCUGGCCUGCCCACCUGUCCACUGGCAGAAAAAGGAGCAAGUCCAGUGACAGGAGGUGGCGGUCCCAGCCCUCCCUGCCCAUCCCCACACACAACUCGCACACUCACCUGCCCAUUGCCCCAGGCUCUGGGAGCCUACGUCCCAAGUGGGGCUCAUCGUUUUAGUUUGGUUUCGCUCCCUGGAUUCAGAACCGUCUGUCUAGUGGAGAGUGGAGGGGUACUCCAUGAGCUUGUGCCCCGCAAGCCCAUCCAGUGGAGAAUCUUCUCCCUUAGCCCAGCCAGUGCCCACCCCAUCCCAAGUUGUCCUCACAAAGUCCACGUGGAUCCUCCUCAGAAAUAAGGUCUGCCUGAGGACCCCCACCCAGCUGGCCCCAGAGCUGGGCUCUGUGGACCAAAGCGUCCGUUUAUACUGGGCCUGUUGAGGAAGGGGCUGGCUGAGGCCUGGGGGUGAGCAGGAAGGCUCUGGAAGGGAGCGGGACGGAAGUCAGCCUUCUGGUGCCUGCCGGUCAUCCUGGGGCUGACCGCAUUCAUGUUGGGGUAUGGCUCUGGGGCUGACUGGUGGUCUCUGUAACUGGCCUCUGCUGCAGGUGGCCGAGAGCCAGCUUUGACAGGGAAAUACAGCUGUGUAAGCCUCUC